AUGACUAAUUAUAAUCCAGAUAAACCUUCUACUUUUAUUCAAUAUCUUGAUGCUAAUAAUCGUUACGGAUGGGCAAUGUCGCAAUCACUUCCAACUAAAGGAUUUAAAUGGAUUAAAGAUAUUACAAAAGAUACCCUAAUGAGCAUUCUUGAUAAAGCUAAUUAUAGUAUGAUAAACCCAAAGAAAGGAGAUAAGGGAUAUAUAUUUGAAGUUGAUCUUGAGUAUCCUUCUGAGUUAUGGGAUAGCCAUAAUGAUUACCCUCUUGCUCCCGAGGGACUAAAUGUUAAUGGUGUUGAAAAACUAAUCUCCCAUUUUAAACCCCGAAAAAACUAUGUAAUACAUUAUCGAAACUUACGUCAGUGUCUUGAGAUGGGGUUGCGGGUAACUGCUGUUCACAGAGGACUAAUCUUUAACCAGUCCCCUUGGAUGGAACCCUACAUU